AUGGCUUCUACGGGAUAUCCAACGUUCUUCGAAGACAAAAUAGUCUUCCUCACUGGCGCCACAGGCAAUCUGGGAUCAUGUACUUUACACAAGCUCAUCACGCAACUUCGCGUCCGAUACGUGUAUGCAUUUGUGCGAGGCUCAAAGCACCAAGCUCUGGACAAGUUGAAGCGAAAAUUGGCACACAAGGCCACGUUUAUCACAGAUAGUGGCAAGGUGCAGUUCAUCGUUGGCGAUAUACGCCUCCCAAGCUGGGGAAUGCGCUCCGACGAGCUGAGAUUACUGCAGAACGAGGUCAGCAUCGUCGUCCAUACAGCGGCUAAUCUGUCCCUUUUCGAUCCAAUCGCCGAGUGUAUGAAGAACAAUUGUGGUCCGGUCCUCGAACUAGCGCGUAUGGCUGCAACGUUCGAAAAGAUACAAAAGUUCGUUUUCGUAUCCUCGGUCUACGUCAACUCUUUCCUUCCCGAUGGCCUGGUCAGAGAGAAGUUGUAUCCUCUCGAAGACUCUACGGGCGAAGAGAUUGAUCCAGAGCUGGAGCAUGAAGAGAUCAGUCGCACAGGGUCGUCCCGGUUUACCAAACACUUUCCCUGGCCGUAUGCGCUGUCCAAGUACCUGGCGGAGAGACUGCUACUAACCAGAUUCUCAUCGUCACCCAUGUUGAUUGUUCGAUCCAGCACGAUUGGGCCCGCAUUUAAUACGCCAUAUCCUCUCUUUGGCGACGAGGAAUCAUAUCCCAUUCAACACGUCGGCAAAAUCUACAUGCGAAAUCCCGAUGCCAGCAAUGUAUGGCAUGCACCUGCAAACUCUUCCUCGGGAACCAACGUUCUCGAUGAAUUGCCUGUCGACUGGGCAUCUAAUGUCCUACUGCUGCACAUCGCAAAGGGAACCCAUGGAAUCGUCCACGCAUCCGCCGGCACCUACAUCAAACAGACCUCGAACGACGCACUCAUGAACAUAUCGCACUCUGGUAUAACCGGCAUCAACAAAGCAAUCCAAUGGAUCGCAGCGGAAAGCGGACCGCAAUGUACAUUGGCCAAUUUGUUCGUCAUCGGCAAUCGUGACUGGGACUUUAGCUGCGCAAAAUCGGCGUCUUUCAAAGACAUCGACGGUCCGCUAAGCACUCGCGUUACGCAGGAGCAAGCUCGAGCUUUCAAUGAUCGUCGCUACUCGGCUCUUCUUGAGCAGAUCCGAUCGGAGUCUAUGAAUUGA